UUAGUAGCUGAAAGGAAUCAGAUUCAUUGCCAGUUCGCUGUUCAGUUAUUCAGAUACACGUGGUUUUGUGGCUAAAUAGACUAUCGUUACCAGCUCAUCAAUAGAGUGAGAACUCUGGUGAACUUUAGUUUGCUUGCGACUGUACGACAAAACACAUCUUUACUUCAGACUUUCAUACACCGCAGAACGAUGGCUAGCGGAAAACUUGCAAUUCUCAGCGUAUCAGAUAAAGCCGGUUUAUUGGAGUUUGCAGUAGGGCUCAAUCAACUCGGGCUGAAAUUGGUAGCAAGCGGUGGUACAGCCAAAACUAUUCGAGACCAUGGAUUGCCUGUCCGUGACGUAUCGGAUAUUACGGGCGCCCCAGAGAUGCUAGGUGGUCGAGUGAAAACACUUCAUCCCGCCGUACAUGCGGGUAUCCUUGCUCGCAUCACCGAUGCUGAUAUGAAUGACAUGAAGCGUCAAAAUUUUGAACUGGUACAGAUCGUAGUGUGUAAUCUGUACCCUUUUGGGUUAACGAUUUCCAAGGCUGACGUGACAGUAGCAGAUGCAGUAGAAAACAUAGAUAUUGGGGGUGUCACACUACUGCGAGCAGCGGCAAAGAAUCAUAAUCGUGUAACAGUUUUGUGUGAUCCCUCAGAUUACGGUAAGGUUCUCGCAGAAAUUAAACAGAAUGGCGACACCACAGAGAAUACUCGGCAAAUGUUGGCUUUGAAGGCUUUUACACAUACGGCGGAAUAUGACAAUCUUAUUUCCGAUUACUUCCGUAAGCAGUACUCGCCCGGUGUAUCCCAACUCAAUCUUCGUUAUGGUAUGAAUCCACAUCAAAAACCUGCACAGAUCUUCAACAUCUUUGGAAAUCUUCCGUUGAGAUUUCUGAAUGCGACUCCUGGUUACAUUAAUCUUUGUGAUGCCUUAAAUGGCUGGCAACUGGUACGUGAACUGAAGAAGUCGCUGGGACUACCAGCAGCAACAAGUUUUAAACAUGUUUCCCCUGCUGGGGCUGCUGUUGGCGUAGCUUUGACGCUGGAUCAAGCAAAACUGUGCAUGGUCGAUGAUCUGUUUGACAGUUUAACUCCACUAGCAACAGCCUACGCACGUGCGCGUGGUGCUGAUCGUAUGUCGUCGUUUGGAGAUUUUGUAGCACUCUCGGACACGUGUGACUUGGUUACAGCCAAGAUCAUUUCCCGUGAAGUAUCGGAUGGAAUUAUUGCCCCGGGUUACACCGAAGAAGCAUUGGACCUUUUGAAAAAGAAAAAGAACGGCGCUUACUGUGUUCUCCAGAUUGAUCCAACUUUUGAACCGUUCAGUUCAAUUGAAAAGAAAACUAUUUUCGGACUGCAAAUGGAACAACGUCGUAAUGACGCCGUCAUCAACAGAGCGUUGUUUACAAACAUUGUUACAAGUAAUAAAAAUUGUCCGGAUGAUGCAGUUCGCGAUCUUAUAGUAGCAACAAUUUCCCUAAAGUACACUCAGAGUAACUCUGUGUGUUACGCCAAGGAUGGACAAGUGAUCGGCAUUGGUGCUGGCCAACAGUCUCGUAUUCACUGUACUCGAUUGGCUGGUGAUAAAGCAGACAACUGGUGGCUCCGACAACACCCUCGUGUGACAUCAAUGCGAUUUAAGAAAGGUGUCAAGCGUGCGGAGAUUUCCAACGCCAUCGACAACUACGUGAACGGAACAGUCGGCAAGGAUAUGCCUUUAGCGCAGUUCAAAGCCAUGUAUGAAGAGGUUCCCGAAUUUUUAACAUCGGAUGACCGUCAAUCGUGGGCGAAGCAGUUGAACGGCGUUUCGCUGGGAUCGGAUGCAUUUUUCCCAUUCAGAGACAACGUGGAUCGGGCCAGGUUGAGCGGUGUUUCAUUUAUCGCUAGUCCGUCUGGCUCGACGAACGAUGCAGGAGUUAUCGACGCCUGCAACGAGCACGGCAUCGUCAUGGUACAUACGAAUUUGCGAUUGUUCCACCAUUAAAAGUAAAUUUAAAUACACAGAUGUAAUCAUUUUUAAGUGUUUUUU